AUGCUCAUACCCUCACCUGGCUUGGACAUGGCUGUGCAGAGUUUCCUGCAGUACGUGGGCUCCAGCUCGCUGCUCUGUUUGGCAGCAGGGCUGUUUGCUCUCCUUUACUUUCUCUCCAGCUCCAAGAAGUCAGUUUGCAAUUUGCCCCCUGGACCACGACCUCUUCCUCUGAUUGGAAACCUGAACGUGGUGGACCUGAAAAAGCCGUUCCAGUCGCUGACAGAGCUCUCCAAGAUAUAUGGCAGUGUCUUCACGGUGCAUUUUGGACCCAGGAAGGUCGUGGUACUGGCUGGAUAUGAAACCAUCAAAGAUGCCCUUUUAAAUCAUGCUGAAGAGUUUGGAGAGAGGGCAGAAAUACCCAUAUUUAGGAAAAUGACACAAGGAAAUGGCAUAGCAUUCAGCCAUGGAGAGCUGUGGAGAACUAUGAGAAGAUUUACCUUGUCCACACUGCGAGAUUUUGGAAUGGGAAAGAGAACCCUUGAGAUCCGAAUCCUGGAGGAAGUAAAUUCCCUUAUCAAAUAUUUUGAAUCCUAUCAUGGGAAACCAUUUGAUACGAAAAUGAUACUCAACAAUGCUGUAUCAAAUGUCAUCUGCUCUAUAUUAUUUGGAGAGAGGUUUGAAUAUGAUGAUCCAGUAUUUCUAACUUUGCUGAAGCUGAUAAAUCAAAAUACUAAGCUGUUGGGCUCUCCUAUGGUGCAGUUAUAUAACUUCUACCCAUCCCUUGGAUUUCUGUCUGGAGCUUCCAAGACCGUGCUACAAAACAUCAGUGAAUUGAAUGCUUUUCUCCAGAAGCUCUUCCAGGAACACCAAGAGGAGCUUAAUGAAAAUGACUUAACAGGCUUUGUUGAUGCCUUUCUGGUGAAGCAAAAACAGGAGUCAAAGAAACCACACACUGCAUUCAGCAAUGGGAACCUGAUGUUUUCAACCCUGGACCUCUUUGCUGCUGGGACAGAGACUACAUCCACAACUGUGCGCUGGGGGCUGCUUCUGAUGAUGAAAUACCCAGAAAUUCAGAGAAAGAUUCAGGAAGAAAUGAACCAUGUCAUCGAACCAGGAGAGCUGCCUAAGUUGGAGGACCGGAAAAAAAUGCCUUAUACAGAAGCAGUAAUACAUGAAAUACAAAGGUUUGCCAAUAUUGUCCCCAUGGGUGUAUCACGAUCGACUCCCAGCGAUGUGAAUUUCCGAGGCUAUGUGAUUCCUAAGGGUACUGAGAUUAUUCCACUGCUGACCUCUGCUCUGAAUGAUGAGUUACACUGGAAAACCCCGAAUCAGUUCAACCCUUCCCAUUUCCUAGAUGACAAUGGGAACUUCAUUAGGAGAGAAGCAUUUAUUCCAUUCUCCAUAGGACGAAGGGCUUGCCUUGGUGAAGGACUGGCCAAGAUGGAGCUGUUCCUCUUCUUUUCUGGCUUGCUCCGCAAAUUUGUUUUCCAUCCUCCUCCAGGAGUGGAUAAGUCAGACCUGGAUCUCACUGCUGAUGUCGGCUUUACCUUGACUCCCAUGCCUCACCUGGUUUGUGCUGUGCCCUGUGAAUGA